AUGAGGAAGAAGCUUGCUGGGCGUGCGACGGGCGCGGCGGCUACCGAAGCGCCGGCGAGCUCACUCGUUGAGCCGGCGGCCGACGCGCACAACAUGUUCGACGAAAUGCCCCCAAGUAUCAACGAUGAUGCAUACAUGUCAACUAUGGGUGUUGGCUCCAACAAUUCGCAUUGGUCUCAAACCAAUGACAUCCAUUUCGAAGACCAUGAGUUCGAGGUGGACGAGGAGGGUGAGGGCAUUGUCGACGCGCCGAAAGGAAGAGCGGGCAAUUACACCAACACUGAUGACAUCUUACUAUGCAAUACUUGGUUGCAAGUGUCGAGGGAUCCAUCCGUUGGAUGUGAUCAAAGUAGAGAUGCUUAUUGGGGGCGGAUGAAAGAACACUUUGAUGCUCACAACGUGAGUGGAAUUGACCGCUCCGAGAGAUCACUUCGGUCCCGAUGGUCGACAAUCAACUCGGAUUGUCAAAAGUGGGUGGCCGCACAAAAGGCGGUUGACAAGUUGAACCCAAGUGGCACAAAUGAGGACGAUAGAUACAACAUUGCACAAAACUUGUUCAAAGAAGAGGAGAGGAAAACCAAGAAGGGGAAGAUCAAGAAAGGAAGGGUCUUUACCUUGCCUCAUGGCUACAAAUUGUUGAAGGAUGAUGAGAAAUGGAAGAAGCGUGAAGAUUUGGAUGAUUUGCAUUUGAGCAACAAACGCAAGCGAACAAUUGAGUUGAAUGAUGAUGAGGAGGAGGAGGAGGAUGAUGCAUCAAGUGAUGACGGCAAGAGAAGCCCCACACCCAACUCGGUUUCAUACUCGAAGCCAAAAUGA